AUGACACAGUUGAGAUCGAUAUGGACUGAGAUCAACGCGCCUCCCCCGGCUACGAUCGAGCGAUACAUAGUGUUGUCCGCCUCCGAAACACUUCACGAUUCAGAAUGCCCUAUUUGCCAGGGGGACUAUGACGAGGAUCAGCAUGUAGCUAUCAAGCUUCUAGGGACACAUUGCAGUCACGUUUUCGGCCGAGACUGCUUACAAUGUUGGGUCAAUAGCGGUAUGCAAAAGGCCCAUUACUGUCCUAUUUGUCGACAAUGCAUACGUGGCGCGCUUGGUGGACUACCCCCAUCGCAGCCAGGCGCCGAAGACGAAGAAGAACAUUUCUAUGAAGUCUUCUACGACGAAGAAGAAGAACAACUUGAAGCAGAACUUGAAGCAAGACUUGAAGCAGAAUUUGAAGAAGAACAUGAAGAAGAACAAGAGGAAGAAGAGGAAGAAGAGGAGGAAGAGGAACAGGAACAGGAACAGGAAUGGGAAUGGGAAUGGGAGGAAGCUGAACAAGUCCUCAGUCCGCAACAGCGUGAACAACGCGAUAGGCACUGGGCCAACUUAACCGAAGUCAGCAAUAUUCUGCAAAACAUCGAAACAAUCGCUAUUCCCCCACUUGAGGGUGGGGGGCAUAUAAGCCUGGCUCUUCAAGUCGUUCGCCCGGACCCGAAUAUCCAGGAUGAAGACCGCGCCCUCAGGGGAACACUGACUCGUCUCUGGAAUCAAAGCCGUUAUCUCAAUGAGCUUCUGUGUAUCAAUUUCGAACGCAAGCAGGAGGAGCAGCAAAGGGAAAUUCUGCGCGCUGAAAGGGAGAGGAACGUACUGCAGGUUGAGAUGAUGCAAUUUACCGCUAAUUUCCGGAGGAUGUAG